CCUUACCUAGAUUUUGAGAAGAGGGGGAAAAAGGAAGUUUGUCCUGUCCUGGAUCAGUUUCUCUGUCACGUAGCCAAGACUGGAGAAACCAUGAUUCAGUGGUCCCAAUUUAAAGGUUAUUUUAUUUUCAAACUGGAGAAAGUGAUGGAUGAUUUCAGAACUUCGGCUCCUGAACCAAGAGGUCCUCCCAAUCCUAAUGUUGAAUAUAUUCCCUUUGAUGAAAUGAAGGAAAGAAUACUGAAAAUUGUCACUGGAUUUAAUGGUAUCCCUUUUACUAUUCAACGACUAUGUGAAUUGCUAACAGAUCCAAGAAGAAAUUAUACAGGAACAGACAAAUUUCUCAGAGGAGUAGAAAAGAAUGUGAUGGUUGUUAGCUGUGUUUGUCCUUCUUCAGAGAAGAACAGUUCUAAUAGCUUAAACCGAAUGAAUGGUGUUAUGUUUCCUGGAAACUCACCAAACUAUACUGACAGGUCUAAUAUAAAUGGACCUGGAACACCAAGGCCACUUAAUCGACCAAAGCUUUCUUUGUCAACCUCCUUGACAACAAAUGGUUUGCCUGAGAGUGCAGAUAGCAAAGAGUCAGACCUGCAUUCAAAUGAAGAGAAAGCCCACAGUGAUUCUCCAGCUUCCGAAUCAGAAGUUUCUUCACUGAGCCCUGUUAAAAAUAAAUAUCCAGAUGAUGAUACUGUGGAAGCCGAGGAGCAUGAGGUGAAAAGGCUACGGUUUGACAAAGAAGGUGACGUCCGAGAGACAGCUAGCCAGACGGUGUCCAGUGAAGGCUCAGUUAGAGCAGAGGAAGCUGAAACAGCAUCUUCCCCUCCGGAGAAGGAUAGAGAAAAUCGCAGCAGGCAACAUUGUACAGAAGAGGACGAGGAUGAGGAGGAAGAGGAGGAGGAAGAAUCUUUUAUGACACCACGAGAAAUGGUCCCAGAAAGAAAAAAUCAAGAAAGAGAAUCUGAUGACGCUUUAGCUGUGAAUGAAGAGCUUUCAGAGGAGGAUACUCACAUGGAGGACUCUGACGGGUCUGCAGCUCAGAGAGAUCCUCGUUCAGAACGGAGUGACAGUGCAGGGUCUGUGAGUAGUGGUUCUGACUGCCUUGAGACAGAAGAGUCAGGAGGGUCCACUUCCAGGAAAACGGGAGAAAGUGUCUCCGUGUCAUCCAUGGAGAGUGACGAAACCACAGACGUCACAGACGAACCAAUGGAACAAGACUUAACUACUUAGAAACACUUAGAGGCAGUAUUUUACAUACAGUUCUGGUUUUACACUGUAGAGAACUUUUAAGUAAUAAAUGGACCUUUAGUUUUACAAGAGAAACAGGCUGUAAAGUAAAGAACCUUAAGAAUAAACCCUGACAGUUGUGCGUGGAAGAGCUGUGAAUACUGGCUCCUCUGGGUCCUGCUUAUUGCUGAUUUUCUUGUUUUUGUUGGGUUUUUGUUUGUUUUUUUCCUGGUGUACUCAAAUCAGUGGUUUGUGUAUAGAUUUUUUUUUAAUUUAGAAUUAAAGUUUUUAAACUGGAAGAUAAUUAUAAUUUUGAAAACUUUAAAGAUGAUCACAUUUGGUUUAUACAUGCGCAAGGAAGAUUUUGUCUUGUCUCUAGCGGUUUCCAUAUUUCAGUCAUAGUUUGAACAUGUUAACAUGUGAAUUAUAGGGUUUCAUGUGGUUUCAGAUUUUAUUGUUCAACUGUACAAUGGGACUUUAAGUCAUAUAUACAUAUAUAGAUUAUUCUAAGGGGGAUGUUAUAUUUUUCUGUUUCUAUAAGAGAUGAAUACAGUGGAUACUUUUUUAUUGGUAAUGACUGAGUUCACUUCUUUAAGAAGACAUUUUCUUUUCUUCUGAGUAAUUGAGAUAAAAUCUGGCCCCUGGAAAACCCUGGGAAUCUUUAAGUCUGAAAUACCAGGUUAAACACAUUCCAAGAGAUCUGUGCAAACUAAAAUUCUUUUGUAUACUUCUAUGGUGCCUGGAAAAAAAAAAGACUUGGUUAUGUAUGAGAAAAUGUGCUUUAUUUUGGGAGUUGUGUAGGAGCAUUAGCUCACCAUUUGGUUGAACGAGUGCUUAGGAGCCUGACAGGAAACCAUCUCAAAAGAGCCCACAGGUCCUGUAACGUUUCACUUGCUUUUCUGAACAUUGUGAACAUUACACCUUUCUUUCUAAAUUACCUUAUAUGCACACGGCACUGGUGUGAAACAGCACUGUACUGGAAGAAUUCUUGGAUUAUUUCAGUAAUGUACCUGAGCUAAAAUGACGAGAGCUUUAGGGAUACACAGAAACCACCAUGAUUUGUAUAACAUUUUGAAGUGAAUUAAUAUUUUUGAACAUGCUUCUUCGACAGCCAGUGUUCUAUUUUUCAGAUCAACACAAAGCACAAUGGUUACUACUCUAAACUCACUAUUUUCAAAGUCACGUAUUUAAAGUCAUGCAAGCUGCAACUCCCUGUCAAAAUUACUGGCUGCCAAAUUUAUACCUGUUUCUUCAGCUGUACCUUUUGAUAUUUAGAAUUUUUAAAUUUCUGUAAAGUAGAUUUUGUAGACUGUAAUGUGUUCACUGCCUUUGUGAAGCGGUAUAAUUGUAUAAUUUCGUGUGUAAACUGAAUGCUUGGGCUUUCAAUACAGUAUUCAUAUAAAGCAAUAAAUAUUAAUGUUAUGAAAUAUUCGAGUACAUUUUUAUCAAAAUACUAAAGAACCCUUUUUUAGUUUCAGACACCUGAGGUACACAGAUGGACUUGUAGUAGAUGCAAACAAUUUCUCACACUGUAUUAUAAGCUUUGGGGAUUUGGAGGGGAACCACGACGUUUGCAUUUUGACUACUUAGACAUUACUAUGCCUAAAAAUAAAGAUAUUUGGCUCAGUUUGUUCAUAGAGUAAUAUACUACUGACUGACAGCCUACAAGUUCACAACAGCUAGACGAUAUAUUCAUGGAUCUGUAAUAAAAUUGAAUGUUGAUUUAAUUGCACCCAAAAGGGGUAAAAAGUCAAGUGUAAUUUUUAAAAAAUUGGCAAAAAUGUUAAAAUGAAGCAAAUUUUGAAUGUGACAUUUAUGUGUAGUGACCUGUUACUCUAUUUUGUUGAGGGAUUGCCAGUAAGAGCAUAUUUUAAAUAUUUUAGGUUUAGAAACUUUGAGAUUUUUUCCUUAGGGUAUUUAUGAGAUUGUUGUCAAUAAACCUGUUCUCUAAGCUCCUGUGACCUUUGAUAGUCUUUCUUUGUGGUGCCACGGACCAUUUGUAAACAAAUCAGUUUGCUGCUGGUUAAAAGUUGAAGAUUAGCAUCAUGAGUGGAGGUCUGUGGUUUUAUUUGUAAACUUGCAAUUGCUAUCUUUGCAAGGGAAAAUGUAUUUCUUUAUUAAAUAAAGUACAAUAAUGGUGAAUGUACCAAAAUCACAUCACUCAAUUCUAUGAGAGGUCUGCAUUUUAACCUAUAGUUUAAUAGUUUUAAUAUUUAUUAGCGAUGCCUAUGUUGAUCAUAGAUGAAAGUUGUUGCUGUUUAUACAGAUUCAUGUAGGAUACUGGUGGAGGGUCUUGGGCAGCUGCAGUACUCAGUACUUUGGGAAGCCAUUCAGCAGGCUGCAGAUGCAUUGCCCCUUGGAAGCCCAUUUUCACAAGUGUUAGGUGCAAAGAAAGUAUCAGUUCUAACAUGAACUGAGUCAUUUGUAUGUUCAAAAGGCAAGUUUUAGGCAUAUUUCCUUGAUAUACCCAGCAGAGUCCUAUGGGAAGAUCCAGGAGCAUCAAGGCUUUGAUGACUGAAGUAGCUGGCCCUCUGAUAAUUGAAGGACUUCUUAAUCCAUUUCUCCAUUCCCAACCUUGACAGUAAUUGGGUGAUGUCAACGAGGAAACAGUAUACAUGUGACUUGUUUUUGCCUUUUUCCCCUUUUAAAAAGUGAACAUUUUUGAAAAAUGUCUUUUCAGUUCUGAGAAUGUGGCAAAACAGGAGUAGUCAAAAUACAUUUUGAGUUGUGAUUUAACUCAAUCCACUUACUGCUUGUCACAAUUACAGCCUUUCCCACGUGUGGCCAGGGCAAUGGAAUUAGUCAGGGAGCUAUACCCUGGCUUGGGAAAGCUGUCCCGGAAGUCUGGAUCAGAGUCUGGCUUACCUGUUAAAGCAUUGAGGUUCCAGUGUUUUAUUUUGCAGUGUAGAUAGGCAUGUAUUUAUGCAUUUGUAAAAUCAACUUUCAAAUAAUGUAUGUAAUGUACUAGUUUACUUAAUGGUACUUGGGCAGAGCCUAAAGCUGCUGCAGUGGUUGAAUGUGAAAACUACUGAGAGCACGGAAAUGUACCUGCAGAGCCAAAGCAAGUUAUCUUGAGUAGUGUUUCAAACUGUCUUCUGAGCAGGAGUUUCGGAGAUCUAUUGGUUUUGACAAAAAUGAAGGUCAGUCAGUUCUUGAGUUUUAUGCUAACCAUAAGAUGAAUGGAUGCAAAAACACCUUGUAAUUUCAUAUGGAAUUAUGAAAAUUAGCUUGACUGGGUUAUUGGCCUAACAAGGAUGCUAGUAUGUAUUGGCUAGAAUACAUAUAUUUCACAUUUAAAAAUUAAUCCGGACACCAGAAUUCUCCUUUAUUUCAACUUGAAGCCUAGAUCACUUUGCCAAAUAAAUGUAUUAUUUUCAUAAUGCAAUAAAAUGUAAAAUAGAA